UGCAUAACUAAAGCAAAAUCAACAAAUUCUCUAUAAAAAUUGCAUAAAAGUAUCUUUUCUUUAGCGUGUGUCGUGCACAGAUAUACAUACAUACGUAUGUACAUAUAUAUAACUCGUACAUACACAAAUAGGUACAAAACAACUCUCGCAUACAUAGCAGUCGACGUGGCCUCUCUGUAUCUGUGUGUGCGUCCGUGAGCAUUCGUGCGCGUGUGUUUGUGUCGUCGUUACAUUCGUUCGUGUAUGCGCUACAUCUGUGUGUGCCUGUGUGCCUGUGCGCUGUGUGUGUGUGUGCGUGAAUAUUCUUUAUUAUUAUUGUAUUUUUGGCACACAAACAGUCGCCAAUGAUGUUUCGCGUUUUGUGUUAAUUAAAUAUACUUUUGUGAAUGAAUAGAAAAGCGAAUAAAGAGUAAUUUUCAAAAUGCUCAUAAGAUCAUUGUAUAUUUUAAAAGCAAAAAAGCAGAUAUGUAUGCACAUGUAUAGUAUAUACUAAGUGCAACUGUGGAAUUGCUUAAAAACGAAUUUUUUGAUUUCAAUUCUGUAUAGUGUAUGUGUACAAGUUACAUACAUCAUUGGAUAUACAUACAAACCAGUACAUGCAUGCAGAUAAAUAAAUCUAUCUACGAGGCAUAGCUACAUACAACAGCAACAACAACAACAACAACAACAACAACAAUACAAAGGUCUGUUGUCACAACAUAUGGAUUAACACACUUCAAGAUACUUGACCGUCAUUCAUGGAUUGCUUUUAAAAUCUGUAGAGCAAUUUGACGUGUAGAGCAAAGCGAAUAAUUUUAUAGAAUGAAGAAAAAUCGAGCAAAUUAUUGGCGUCACAAUUAUCGAGAGUAAUUUUGAACAAAAACCAGGCCACAAGGCCUAAGCACUGGAAGGAAGGCUGUUGGUCAAAUAGGUUACAACAAUACAUGGAUCGCAGGAAUGGCGGGGAUCCCUUGGCGCCACCCCGGCCCCCAAAGCUACUUCCGCGCAUACAUCGACCAAGGGCGCCGGAGCCAACAGUAUUGAAUGAUCAUAACGACAAUUACAACAACAACAUCAAUAAUAAUAUAGCACCUAUAAAUAUUGCAACAACAAAUCCUUCAGCAACGGCGACUUUAAACAACAAUAUUGUAUCAAUAAUACCAUCGCCAGCCGAUUUCGACGACUAUCCCAUACACCAUUUGACGUUUCUUCCGCAACGGCCCAGCAGCCUGAGUCGGAACAGCAGCAACGCAUCUUCAUCCGCCGCCACGGCCAACAGCAGCUCCGGCUCAUCCAGCAGUUAUACGAGUCGCCGACCACCAACGACGCUCCUGACUGCAAGCAGCAUCGGUAACGGCAACGGCUUCCAAAGCCACUUCCAGAGCCCAGAGCCAGCAGUGGCAUUACUGUCAGCGGGUCAUAGUCCCGCUUCUCCCGUCACGCUGGCACAACCGCGACCCGAAUCCGAAAGGCUUACUAACGAGUAUGUGGAAACGCCGUUGCAACAUGCGACGCGUUCCCAGCAUCCGGCAGGCCAACAGGAUGGCGGACAGACAACCACCCAUCAUCUGCUCCUGCUACCACAGCGUCAUCAGCACCAUCGCCACCAAGCACAUUCAGACGGAAAUACAUCGGCUAUAAUCACCCACACACACAGUCGCUCAGCUCAUCAUGCGCAUCAUUUAAAUAGAUUAGCGACAGCGAUAGUACCUGCCGGAGGAGGAACAGCCACAGCCACAGCAACAGGACAAGGAACGGGAACGGGAACGGGAACAGCAACAGGCAUCGACGGCACUGAUGGAUUCUUACAUUCAAACCUACAUUCAACAGCUGCGCACCAGUCGCAUAGUCAUAGUAAAGCACCUGCCACACAACAAAUUACACCGCCUCCACCUGCGCCACCUCGGAUCGGUUUUGGCUUUGCGCCGGUUGCCCACGCCCAGCCGAUAACACAGCCCAUAACCAAGCAGCCUGCAUCUACAGCGGAUUCAAUUAAGGAGCACAUGCAUUCACUGGAAGAGCUACUCCAGCAACAGCAGCAACAGCAUCAGCAGCUGCAGCAGCAGAGCGUCACAAUCGGCGGCGGACAGGUGGGAGCACCUAUGCUCGUGGGCACUGAUCCUACGCAGGUUAAUCCCAUUGUGUGUCCACGCUGUGGUCUUUGUCGUUGUGAACAGUGCCAAAGUCCGCGCUCGCUGCCACAGACAUGGAUUUGCAACAAGACGUGCCUGUGCAGCGCCGAGUCCAUCAUAGACUACGCAUCUUGCUUAUGCUGUGCCAAAGCUCUCUUCUAUCACUGCGCCCGUGACAAUGACAUGGACUACUGCGAUGACGGCAACAGCACGCCCUGCGUCGACAAUCCCUGCUCCUGUGGUCCCUACAAGCGCGUGCAGCGCUGGGGCUGGCUGACCGCGUUAUCCAUAGUGCUGCCUUGUCUCUGGUGCUAUUGGCCCAUGCGUGGAUGUAUUAAAAUUUGCGAGAAGUGCUACGGUCGCUUCGCUGGACGUGGCUGUCGUUGUCAGAGCACAGCCAUCGGCUCCACCAGCAGCAUGAUGCCCAUAGUGCCACUCGGUGGAGUGACUACUGAAAGCAGGCACAACAUUGGAGUGGCACAGAACGGCGUCUCCCAGAGUGAGCCGAAGAGCUUGGACCACAGCUGCAGUGUCACCAGCCAUAUUCUUCGAAAAGCUGAUCUGACGCAUGAAAAACGUUUACUCGAUUCCAAUCACGAUUAUUGAAAAGAAUUUAACAUUAUUCUGCAAAGAUUGAUAGGGGCACAAAAUGCGAAAGUACUGCAACUUAAUAUUUACACCAAUCAGAGAUAGUUAACUACACCAGCUUACUCUCUACACACAGAGAGAGAGAGAGAGAGAGAGGAUAAGGGUUAACGUAUCGGUUAGGUGGAGAGAGUGAAGAUUCUUGGUACUUUCUAAUCUUUGCACCUAUCUACUCGUACAAAUAUUUAAUGUUUGAAUAAAAACUAAAUGAAAUAUUAAAGAAAUAAAUAAA